UGAUCUUCUCUUUAGAUAAGGUAUGGAUAAGAUAAAAAUAUCCCAAUUAUCUGAUAAAAAUAUUCCUGUUGAUUAUGUUAUUUGCUUUUAUUAUGACAAGACUCUUAAAAAAACAGUAGAACAGUUUAAAAAAUUAGUUCAACGACUUUCAGAAGUUGGAUUGAAUGUUGAAUGUUACAAUGAUAGUUUAAACUCUAUUUUUCUAUUUAUAAGUUGUUCUUCUUCUAGAUUACAUUUGGAGGCCUCUAUUUCUCGACGUAAAGAUUGGUUAUAUGGAAUAGAAAAAGUGUCCCCUUAUAUAAAAGAUGACGAAAAAAUAACUGUUUCUGAAAGAUUAAGACUUGUUUAUGAUAUUAUUUCUUCUCCUGUCUCUGAAGGUGGUGCAGGGAUUUGUCCUGAUUUAAAUGAAUGGAAAAUGGUUAAAUUUAUCUUUCCUCUUCAUGAUUACAGGUUUAAUAAGGAUUAUAUGGACAGGAUACUUAAAAAAUGGGUUAUAAAUGAAUCAGAUUUAGAUAUUCUAAAGAAUCAUUUUGGAGAGAAGAUUGCUUUGUAUUUUUUCUUUAUUCAGUUUUAUAUUUUAUGGCUUAUAUUUCCUACUAUUUUUGGGCUUUUUAUUCAUUUUUUUUUUCCAAAAUAUUCUAUAGUGUUUGCUAUUACUAUAACUUUAUGGUCUAUUAUAUUUAUACAAAUGUGGAAGAAGACAGAAGUAAAGCUUUCAGUACGAUGGGGAGUUUAUGGUAUUAGUAAAAUAUAUCAGAGACGCGGAUCAUUUAUAGAAGAUAAAACUGGAAAAGAUGUAAUAACUCGACAAACUAUUUUUUUUUUUUCAAUUUUGAAAUGGCUAUUCAGAAAAAUUGUUUCUUUUCUGUUUCAAAUGGUAUUUUCUAUUGUAAUUAUUUGUAUUCUUGUUGGUAUUUUUUUCGUGGAGUUAUACUUUUUGGAGAUCUAUGAUGGUCCCUUUCAAAAAUAUUUGGUCAUUGUUCCUACUGUUUUAUUUAUGAUAUUUAUUUCUAUAUUUUCUGUUAUAUAUAAUAUAUUGUCGACUUAUAUAAAUUAUUACGAAAAUCAUGAAACAGAUAUUGAUUUUGAGUCUUCAUCUAUUCGUAAAGCUUUCUUAGUAAAUUUUAUUAUUUCUUAUACUUCAUUAUUUAUGAUUUCUUGUUUUUAUGUGCCAUUUGGUUCUGAUAUUAUUCCAAAAAUAAAUAUAUUAAAUAUUCAAUCUAUAUUCACAGAUUCACAAAAUAUUAGAAUUAAACUAUUUACUGUAAAUUCAGAUAAAUUGAAGAAGCAAUUCAUUUAUUAUAUGAUUACUGCACGGGCUAUAAAUUUCUUUAAGCAAUGGACAUUUCCUUUUCUUUCUAGAUUUUUUUUUAGUAUUCUAAGAAGGAUUUAUACUACUAAAUUUUUGAAAAUUGGUCAUGAAGAUACAAAUAGUUCUUCAAAAGAAUUUGAAUUUUUGAGAAAAAUUCGUGCUCAAAUGGAGUUGCCUGAAUUUUCUGUUUUUGAUAAUUAUUUGGAGUUGAUAAUUCAGUUUGGGUAUAUUCUUUUAUUUUCAAUUAUUUGGCCUUUAGGAUCUCUUUGUUCCCUUUUAAGCAACAUAAUUAAGAUUAUUUCUGACUAUAUAAAGCUUCUUCUUGCUACAAAACGUUCUAUUCCUUUUCGUACUGAUACUAUUGGUUUUUGGUCUUCAUAUUUAACAUUAUUGAGUUGGUUAGGAACUAUUGUUAUGACUAUAUUGAUCUAUUUUCACAAUUAUUCUUUAAAUACUUAUAUUUUCUCUGAGUUUAUUGUUCUUGGUAUCUUUUCAAAUUAUUUAUAUAUAAUUUUAUAUACUAUUUUUAAAAAAAUAUUUGGAUAUAUAUUUCAUGAAGAAAAAUAUAUUCUUAGGAAAUACUAUUCUCUUAAGAAUGAUCAUCUAAAAAGAUCAAUGGAUCAGGAUACAGCAAAAUAUAGGGAGCAUCAAUAUAUAAAAUAUGACUAUACAAAUGUUAUUGAAACCGGUACUUCUAUUAUUACAGAUUUUUUCAAAAAAUACAAAAAAGAAUAA